AUGUCUUCGAGUCCACCAAGAACAAGAACCAAUGGCACCACAAGAAACUUCCAGCCAUAUUGGUGCUACCAUUGCCAUCAAAUGGUCAGGAUUGCUGCGACGGACCCAUCAGAAAUUACCUGCCCUCGUUGUUCAGGGCAGUUCCUUUGUGAGAUUGAAAUUAAUAGACCAAGAAUGGUUGUUGAUUUCACUGCUUUUGAUCCUUCACCAGAAGCUCGCUUACUGGAAGCACUAUCUCUCAUGCUUGAUCCACCAAUCAGAAGAUUCAAUUAUGGUCUUCUUGAAGACCCUGAACCUCCUCGCCGGUCCUGGUUUCGGAGACGGAAUCGACACGACCUUUUUGAUACAGAAACUCAUCCUCGGAGGCGUAGAAAUCUGUCCCUAGAGCCUGAUGGGAGAGAGAAUUGGGAUCCUGAAUCUCAUAGCCUGUCGCGGUUUGAUUUAUUGGAUCCUGAUACUGAAAUGCGCUCACGGAGGCGUCGAAAUCGGAGUCUCGAUGGGAGAGGUAUUUUGGAUCAAGAACCUGGAAUCCAAUCUAGGCCAAGACCAUGGAUCAUCCUCAGACCAAGGAAUCCUUCGGGUGAACCAAUUGAACCCCUUUUGCAACCUGAAAACCAAGCUCCUCUUCGGGUUGAUCCCAGGGACUUUUUUUUGGGGUCAGGCCUAAACGAGUUGAUUGAGCAAUUGACACAAAACGACCGACAAGGGCCACCUCCAGCUCCAGAUUCCUCCAUCGAUACAAUACCAACUGUAAAAGUCGAGGCAAGUCAUUUGGCGUACGACUCACAGUGUCCAGUUUGCAAGGAAGAGCUUAAGGUUGGGGGGAGGCAAGGGAGUUGCCUUGUAAUCACAUAUACCACAGUGAUUGUAUCGUGCCAUGGUUAA